AUGGAAGAUAAAGGAAAAGGUAAAGUGAUGGGAGAUGAGGAAAACUUGAUUUCUGAGUUAGAAGAGGGUCCAAGCAAUAUGGAAAUUGACAAGGAAGAACAUGGUGGUGAUGGUAGUGAUGAUAACUAUGAUGAUGAAGACGUAAACAGUGAUGAAGAAGGCCAGGUAGAUGAUGAUGAUGAUGAUGAUGAGGGAGAUGAGUCAGAAGAAGGAGGUGAAUUCGAGGCUGGAAGUGAAAUUCCAAACACACUUGAACGCCCUGAGUAUGAUGCUCAGGCUGAGAAGAAACGUAAAGCACUUGCUGAUUCUCAACGUGACGGUUCAGAUAAGAGAGUCAAGUAUGAUGGUAUCAACAUCUCGAAUAGCACAGUCGGUGAGAAGGGAUUCAUGGAACAAUUCAUGUCUUCUGGUCGCCGGCGAAGGUCGAAGAAGCAUAAAAAACGGGGUAGAAGACACGGGUCAAAGAAAGAAGUUGCACCGGAGAUUCUUAAGAGGUUUAGGGAGGCUCUUUUUCUUCAUGCACAUGGCCGUGACACUGAGGCUCUACCUAUUUUAGUAGAAGUUAUUAAGCAAGCACCAGCCUUUGAUACAGCAUAUUAUUACCUUUCACGUGUUACUGAGCAACUUGGUAGGACCGAAACAUUAUCUACAGAAGCAUUGAAGAUUGCUGCAAAUAUCAAAGGUCCAAAAUCACCUUUUUGGAAGCUGCUUUAUGAGAGGUUCAAGGAACAAGAGGACAUGUUGGCAGCAAGGAAUUAUGCGUCCAAAGCAAUACAAGCUGAUCCAGAUGAUAUCCCUUUAAAAUAUGAAUAUGCAGACCUCUGCCUAAAUGCCGGGAAAUAUAAAGAUGCUGCUGAAACCUUUGAGCAAAUAUUUUGUCGGUGUCCUGAGAGAACUGAAGCACUCAAGUGGGCGAUAGAGUAUUUCCUAAAAUCCGGUGAGGGUGAACGAGCAGCAAGCAUCUUAGAGGAUCAUAUCAAAUCCCAUUCAUCUGAAGUGGGGCCUGAUGUCUUGGAUUUACUGGCUUCUGUUUUCAUGCAAAUUAAUGCGUAUGAUAGAGCUCUUAAGUAUAUUCAUGAUGUCCGCCAUAUUUACAAUCAAGGAAAAGAACUGUCUUCCAGUUUGAAAAUCAGACAAGCUAUCUGUCAUGUACGCCUUGGAGAAAUGGAGCAGGCAGAGAAAGUGUUAAGUAUACUACCACGGGAGGCUGUAUCUGAACAUCCAGAGCUCAUUACCAGUUUGGCUGAUGAGCUAACAAACGUUGGGAAUUUUAACUCCGCUCUCAAAUACUAUUUAUCAGCAAUCAGUGAACCUGCGAAUAAUGGCUACUUGUUUGUGAAAGUUGCUCGCUCUUAUAUAUCAUUGGCAAAACGAGAACAGGCCAUAGCUUUCUAUUAUAAAGCUUUGCAUGAACUUAGUGAUCCGGUUGAUGCUCGCAUAACUCUGGCAUCACUUCUCCUGGAAGAUGGCAAACGAGAUGAAGCUGUAUUAGUGCUUUCUCCUCCGGAAAAUCCAGAUCUUGAUACUGGUAAACAAAAGGCAUGGUGGAAGAAAAGAAAGAUCAGGAUGAAUCUUUGUCAGCUCUAUUAUUCAGAGGGAAUGCUUGAGGAAUUUGCCAAUACAGCACUGCAGUUGGUUCUUAAGUGGGUUUGGCGACGGACGGUAAAGGGGAAAAGAAAACGAUCGGUUCUUUCGGAGCUUCAAAGGAAUAGAAGACGCCGACGUCCUAGAGAUGCUCAAGCUUCCGAGUUGAGAGGAGGACCAAAAAAGUGGCGCAAAAUCAGGGCAACAUUAAAUGAAACCAAAAGAAUUAGAGAACGGGCUGCUAUUAAAGCUCAUAACGAAGAUAUGUGCAGUGAAUCUGAGGAAGAAGCCAUCAAGGAUGAAGAGUAUCACCGUCUCUUUGUGGAUUUGUGCAAGGCAUUGGCAUCCCUGCAAAGAUAUUGGGAAGCUCUGGAGAUAGUUAAUCUGGCUCGGAGAUUGGAUGCCAAAAUGCUGCCUGUUGAGAAAAAAAAGGAGCUUCAGUCACUUGGAGCUAAAAUAUCGUGCGAUACUAUGGAUCCAAAGCAGUGGUUUGACUGUGUAAGAUCUGUCAUUCAGCAGCAUCCAUAUCGUUUGAAUGCCUGGAACUGCUAUUACAAAGUCAUUUCAAGACUAGGGAAAAGAGCAUCGAGUGAAGCUAAGUUCAUGCAUCACUUGAGAAGCAAGCACAGAGAUUGCGUACCGCCCAUUCUGAUUGCUGGUCAUCACUUCACCGUGACAAGCCGACAUCAAGAUGCUGCAAGAGAAUACCUUGAAGCUUAUAAACUAAUGCCCGAUAGCCCUUUAAUCAACCUUUGUGUAGGAGCUGCUUUAAUCAACUUAGCCCUCGGUUUUCGACUCAAGAACAGGCAUGAGUGUCUUGCUCAAGGCUUUGCAUUUCUAUAUAACAAUCUGAGAAUCUGCAGUAACAGUCAAGAAGCGUUGUAUAACGUUGCUCGAGCGUAUCAGCACGUAGGACUUGUGACUCUUGCGGCUUCAUACUACGAGAAGGUUUUAGCGGUUUAUGAGAAAGAAUAUCCGAUGCCAAAACUCCCUAACGAAGAUCCAACUGUUGUGGAAGAGCGUAAACCUGUUAACUGCGACCUACGGAAAGAAGCUGCACACAAUCUGCAUUUGAUCUAUAAAAACAGUGGAGCCAUUGACCUCGCCAGGCAGGUCUUAAAGGAUCAUUGUACUUUCUGA